UACUGAGUCAUGAUCAAUACAUGUUUUUCUAAACUUUUAUAUUUUUAUAAUAAAAUUAUUAUACCUUUUUUUUAAAUCAAUGAUCCUACAAGAAAAUUUCUCCUAUAAAAACAUAUAAUACCAUAAUACCAAACACAUACUAUCUGCAUGUUUAUCAGUACUAUAUCUUAUAGAAAGUAAUUCAUUUAAUCUUAUUAGAAUGGCGAUGAGGAAUGCUAUGCAUGUUUGGUUUCUAGUUUUUGGUAUGCUUUCCAUGGAAACAAUCUUAGCAUCAUCAGAGCUGGAAUCAAACAAGACGAUGGUGAAUAAUAAUAUCAAGUGCAUUGAAACAGAGAGACUUGCUCUGCUCGACAUCAAACGAGGCCUUGUUUCUACAUUGCGCGGUCUUUCUUCAUGGGGAAGCAACAAAGACGAGAAAAACUGCUGCCAGUGGAGUUCAGUAGAGUGCGACCUCAACACUGGUCAUGUUACCCAUCUUCGUCUUUCAUUCCUUAGUUAUCGUUAUGUUCAUGGUGAACCCACAGCUUCCAAUAUCAGUUCUUCUUUGCUUCUUCUUAGGAAUCUACAGUACCUCGAUCUCAGUUAUAAUAUAUUUGACAUUUCAUUUCUGAGUUCCAUUGGUUCCCUGACAAACUUGGUUCACCUUGAUCUUUCUAGUUCUCAGUUUCAAGGAGCAAUCCCAGAUGAGCUUGGGAAUCUCUCCAAGCUCAGUUAUCUCGAUUUCAGUGAUAAUAUAUUUGGCAUUUCAAUUCCGAGUUUCAUUGGUUCCCUGACAAACUUGGUUCACCUUGAUCUUUCUAGUUCUGGGUUUCAAGGAGCAAUUCCAGAUGAGCUUGGGAAUCUCUCCCAGCUUAGUUAUCUCGAUCUCUCCUAUAAUCAACUUGAAGGUAUGGUGCCAAACUCUUUCCAUAGUUUGUCCAGUUUACAAACUGUGGAUUUUACCUCAAACAAGCUCACUGGUAAUCUUCAAGAUCUCUUUUAUCUGUUGCCUAAGGCUAAGGCUACUUUACAGACAUUGUUGAUAUCUGAAAAUCAACUUACUGGUUCACUGCCUGAUAUCACAGCAUUUUCGUUCCUCACAGAAUUGAAUGUUCAGUCCAAUCAGUUAAAUGGAUUUCUACCAAAAAAAUUCGAACACAAAUCAGUUUUAGAAGCCUUGUCUUUGUCAGAUAAUCACCUCCAAGGUUCUUUACCUAAUUUCUCAGGAUUUUCAUUCUUAAAGUAUUUAAAUCUUAAUGAUAAUAAAUUUUCUGGGAGUCUUCCUGAUUUUGAUGGAUGUUCGGCGUUGGAAUCCUUGCAUCUUCGUGGGAAUCAAUUGACUGGAUGGGAAACUCAAUCAAUAGGACAACUCACUAAUCUUGUUCAGCUAGAUCUUUCAAGGAAUUCGAUCAACAGCACAAUCAAUGAACAUCACUUGUCGGAACUUUACAAUUUGUACCAGAUGAAUGCAUCAUUUAAUUCUUUGACAUUCAAUAUGAGUUCCGAUUGGCUCGCCCCUUUCAAACUUGACCAUCUUUCUUUGGCAUCAUGCAGGUUGGGGCCAAAAUUUCCCAUUUGGAUCCGAAAUCAAACUAAAAUUAGUAUUCUUGAUUUCUCAAGCACCCAAAUUUCAGAUACCAUUCCCAUGUGGUUCUGGGACAACUUUACCAGGAUCAGUAUAUUAGAUCUCUCUUCCAACAAAAUCAGUGGCACGUUGUCCUCCAUACCAUUACAUAUUGAUGUGAUAAAUUUGAGUUCUAAUUACUUUGAAGGACCGUUACCGCUCAUUUCACCGCUAUGUUUGGAAAUAAAUCUCUCUCAUAAUAAUUUUUCAGGAAAACUAGUAUUAUCUAAAGCUGAAGUUUUCGGUUUGAGUUUGAGGUUUCUUGAUCUUUCUCAUAAUUUAUUGUUUGGCGAGAUUCCCGAUAGUUGGAAAAACUUUGAAGAUCUCAUAUUUCUCAAUCUAGGAAAUAACAAUUUUUCGGGUAGAAUUCCUAUGUCCAUAAGGUAUCUACAUUCUCUCAAUAAAUUGAUUUUACGAAAUAACAGGUUGGAUGGAGAAUUGCCUGAGUCUUUAAGAAAUUGCACCAACCUUGGUUUUGUUGAUUUUGGUUUGAACGGCCUAUCUGGAACUGUGCCGGCAUGGAUUGGGCAAGAUCUACCGCAGUUAUAUGCUCUAGUUUUGAAAUCCAACAAAUUUUAUGGGAGCCUGCCUGAUGAUCUGUGUCAUCUCUCACAUCUUCAUUUUCUAGACCUGUCCAUGAACAGACUUUCAGGAAAUGUUCCUCAAUGCUUCAGCAGUCUCAUUGCUAUGACUAAUAAUGGAACUAGAACAAAAGAUCAUCACAACAAUCGUAUACUUUCAGCGUCUCCAUAUAGUAAUUCUCCAUAUCAUAGCGGAUGUUCAGCAAUAACCCGUUGUAGGAGAAAUGGCGGUGAUUCUUCAUAUCUGGAUGAAGCAUUCGCAGGUUGGAAAGGAAAGGAACGAGAAUAUAGGGGAAAUUUCGCUUACCUUAAGAUGAUAGAUCUUUCCAGCAACAAGUUUACUGGAGGGUUUCCUACUGGAAUAACAAGGCUUCUCGAUCUCAGAGGAUUAAAUCUCUCGAGGAAUCAGUUUUAUGGAAAAGUUCCUCUACAAAUUGGUAGACUCUUUCAGUUGGAAGUUCUUGAUCUGUCUGGUAACAAAUUUUCUGGUGACAUCCCUCGAAAUAUUUCUGGUUUAACUUUUCUUGCUUAUUUAGAUCUCUCGAGCAAUAACUUUUCUGGGAGAAUCCCAUUAGGAGGUCAACUCCAGACAUUCAAUUCUUCCAUGUAUGAGGGGAAUCCUGGACUCUGUGGCUUGCCACUCACAAAAAGAUGUCCCGGAGAUGAAACAAGUGUCGAAGUUCUCCCACCAUCUAAUGGAAAUGAAGUUGAUGAAGAUGAGAUUUUAUAUGAGAGAUGGUUAUAUAUAAGUGCAGCACUUGGUUUCAGCACUAGCUUCUGGGGAAUCUGUGUAACUCUACUUGUUAACAGGCGCUGGAGACAUGCAUAUUUCCUCUUCUUAACGAAGUUAAAGGAUCAGCUUUAUGUGUUGGUGGCAGUGCGCAUAGCCAGAUUGAAGGUAAGGCUCCAAGGUUGACUUGAAGGUGAAGGGCGGCCACCGAGAGAAAAGGCCAUGUUUCAGACUUGCCUGGAGUUUAUUCUGUGGAGAUGGCCUCUACAUCUCAUUCAUUGUCGUCACCUACUAUGUAUUGGAGUGAAACAUGAACAAUAAGUUUGCAUAUGAUUUAGAUAUCUAAAGACUAAAGUAGUACUGUGUGUGUUUGUGUGCGUUUUUGGGACAGGUAUUGCAUAUUAUGAAAAUCUGUAUAGUCAUCCCAUAUUCCCAUCACUCCUAGUCUUUAAUAGUUCAAAUUUGUUAAUGUACUAUAAAUAAAUAAAUUUCUGAUUUUUUAUAAUUUAUUAUUUAAUUCAAGGAAGUGUGGUAGCUGG